AUGUCAUUAGCCCAAUCUAUUUCAAAGAGAGAACAUUCCGAUGAUCUCCUCCAAUCCAAUAAGAGACAACAAACUGGUUUAACUAAUUACGAAACUAAAGAGACCUUGCCUCUGGUUGCCCAGCUAUUUAAUUUGAUCCCUGGUAAAGAAUGUACAUACAAUAUAAGUGAAAAACCAAUAACUACUAUCGGAAGGAGUAGAUCUUGUGAUAUCACACUUAAUGAACCGGAUAUAUCUACCACACACUGUGAACUACAUUUAAUUGAUAUGGAAGUCGAUGGCAUUCAUCGUAAACUAAUCAAUAUUAUAGACAAAAGUAGAAACGGUACGUUCAUAAAUGGUAGUAGGUUAGUUAAGAAAGAUUGCAUUCUCAAAAACGGUGACAGAGUUGUCUUUGGUAAAACUUUUUCUUUUUUAUUUAAAUAUGUCUCCAUUAGUGAUCUUAAUAAUGCAGAGUCAGACUCUGCCACCGCAGCUGCCGAAUCUAAGGAUGACAAUACUGUCUUCAAGAAACCACAAUUUAGUUUUACAAGUAGUCAAAAUGCAUUGAAAAGACAACCUCGUCAAAAACCUUCGUCAGUAUUUGAUAAAUAUUUGAUUGGUAAAGAACUUGGAUCAGGUCAUUAUGCAGUUGUUAAAGACGGUACAAAUAAACAAACUGGUCAAGCAGUAGCCGUUAAGAUAUUUCAUCCUCAACAAAAUGACGAUCAGAAGAAAAGUAAACAAUUUAGAGAAGAAACAAACAUUUUAAUGAGAAUACAUCACCCAAAUAUUGUUAACUUGUUGGACAGCUUCGUUGAACCUAUCAGCAAGUCUCAGAUACAAAAGUAUUUGGUUCUUGAAAAGAUUGUUGACGGUGAGUUAUUUGAAAGAAUUGUUAAGAAGACAUCUCUAAGGCAGGAUGAAACUAAGUCCAUAUUCAAACAAAUUUUGGUGGGGUUAAAGUAUUUACACAACCAAAAUAUUAUUCAUAGAGACAUUAAACCAGAAAAUAUUUUGUUAAAUAUCACUAGAAGAACUUCACCGGAUCAGUUACAACUCGGCCCUUGGGAUGAAGAUGAAAUAGAUAUCCAAGUUAAAAUAGCAGAUUUUGGGUUGGCUAAAUUUACUGGUGAGAUGCAGUUUACUAACACAUUAUGCGGGACUCCAUCUUAUGUCGCACCUGAAGUUUUAACCAAGACAGGCUAUACAUCAAAAGUCGAUAUGUGGAGUGCUGGUGUUAUUCUUUAUGUGUGUCUCUGUGGGUUUCCACCUUUUAGUGAACAAUUGGGCCCACCUUCUUUAAAGGAACAAAUUUUGCAAGCCAAAUAUGCUUUCUACACACCUUAUUGGGAUAAUAUUGACGAUUCUAUUUUACAUCUAAUAUCGCACCUUCUUGUUUUAGAUGCAAAUAAAAGAUAUAGUGUCGAUCAAGUUUUUGAGCAUGAAUGGUUGAAGGAUUCCACCCCUCAGGCUAAUGUCAUCAAAGAUAUGAAGCGUCUCCAAUUAAGCGAUGGUCAAUUACCAAAGACUUACUCCGAGAUGUCAUGUUUAUAA